UCACUCAUACCCUCUUACACCACUCGUCAAAACCCAGCCCACUUCUCUCCCAAACCCCUUUCUCUCCUAGGGUUUCACCAGCACAGUCUCUCAUCUCAUCCAACCCCAACCAAGGCUAUCAUGGUCGGAGGACUCGACGCCGGAGCGGUCCCCUUCAACCCUGACGGGUGGGGCCCACCAGAUUCCAGCACGACAACCGCCGACGCCAAUAACAACAACCUCCCUCUAAACGUGCCCUUCGCGCCCUUCUCGCGCUCCGAGAAGCUUGGCCGGAUCGCCGACUGGACCCGCAACUUCAACAACGCCGCCCGGUCCAAGAACCCCUCCGACUCCGUCUUCGACUUCUCCAACGACGACUCGUUCCCGGCCUCCGCUGAUGACGACUCCUCCUUCCGCCUUGUAGAUGGCAAGCCUCCCCCGAAGCCUCGCUUCGGUCCCAAAUGGCGGUUCCAGCAGCAGCGGCAGCUCCCCCAGCGCCGCGACGAGGAGGUGGAGGCCAAGCGCCGCGAGGCCGAGAAGGAGCGCGCCCGCCGCGACCGCCAAUACCACCAGAACCGCUCGAACGCCAACCAGACGCGCCGCGAGGCCGCCGUGUUCAAGUCCUCCGUGGACAUCCAGCCCGAGUGGAACAUGCUGGACCAGAUCCCCUUCUCCGCCUUCUCCAAGCUCUCCUUCUCCGUCCCCGAGCCCCCUGAGGACCUCCUCCUCUGCGGCGCCCUCGAGUUCUACGACCGCUCGUACGACCGCGUCGCGCCCAAGAACGAGCGCCGCCUCGAGCGCUUCAAGAACCGCAACUUCUUCAAGGUCACCACCACAGACGACCCCGUCAUCCGCCGCCUCGCCAACGAGGACAAGGCCACGGUCUUUGCCACCGACGCCAUCCUCUCCACGCUCAUGUGCGCGCCGCGUUCUGUGUACUCCUGGGAUAUCGUGGUCCAGAGGGUUGGGAACAAGCUCUUCUUCGAUAAGCGCGACGGAUCGCAGCUCGAUUUUCUGUCCGUUCACGAGACCUCGCAGGAGCCCUUGCCGGAGGCCAAGGACGACAUCAACUCUGCGUACUCGCUCGGAGUUGAAGCCGCGUUUAUCAACCAGAACUUUUCCCAGCAGGUCCUGAUCAGGGAAGGGGAUAAGGUCACCUUCGAUGAGCCCAAUCCGUUUGCGAACGAAGGCGAAGAGGUUGCCUCCGUGGCAUACCGGUACCGGCGGUGGAAGCUCGAUGACGACAUGUACCUGGUGGCGAGGUGCGAGGUCCAGAGCGUGGUCGAGGUGAACAAGCAGAGGUCUUUCCUCACUCUCAACGCUCUCAAUGAGUUUGAUCCAAAAUACUCCGGCCUCGAUUGGAGGCGGAAGCUUGAGACUCAGAGAGGAGCGGUGCUCGCCACCGAGCUCAAGAACAAUGCGAACAAGCUCGCAAAAUGGACCUCUCAGGCUCUGUUGGCAGGCGCGGAUAUGAUGAAAUUGGGUUAUGUUUCGAGGGUUCAUCCCCGUGAUCAUUUCAACCAUGUUAUAUUGUCUGUCGUUGGGUACAAGCCAAGGGAGUUUGCAGCGCAGAUCAAUCUGAACACGUCGAAUAUGUGGGGAAUUGUGAAGUCCAUUGUGGAUUUGUGUAUGAAAUUGAAUGAAGGGAAGUAUGUGCUUGUGAAGGACCCAACCAAGCCACAGGUCAGGAUCUACGAGGUGCCGCCAGACGCCUUUGAGAAUGAUUACGUGGAGGAGCCGCUGCCAGAGGAUGAGCAGGUUCAGCCUCCCUCGGAGGAGGCCAAUGGUGGGGAGGAAAAUGCUGUAGAAGAGAAGGUAGAAGAGAAGGAGGUUGAUGCUCAAGCUUAAAGGAUUAAAACAAUCUUUGCUGGCAAGGAAGAAGUGAUUUGCCACCGGCAUUGCCAGAGGGAGAAGCAGAUUUUCUCUCAGCAAUAUUAGUGUUUUUUACAGACUAUUUAGCAGAAAUUCAAGCUUUUAUAUAGCUCACCUUUUUGGAAGACUCGGCGUAUUUAUUUACUACUCAUUUGAAGGCUUCUCUGCUGGUCUAGAAACAAAAGCUUUUAAGUGUACCGGUUUUCAGUUUGUUCGGGUGUCAUGUUUUGUUUUUUACACAAUUCAGUAUUCUCUAUAUCAAUUUUUGUUUUAACUUU